CAUGCCUCCAGGGAAGGAGCCAGCAGGGCAAGCACUCAUGCCUCCAGGGAAGGAGGCACCAGGGCGGAGGGAUGAUGCCAAUCAUGGUGAGAUGCCAGACAACCCGCCCCCCACCACCAACUCCAAUCCCGCGCACUCAACCCUAACCCUUGGCGAGAUGGUGACCAAGAAUCCACCAGGGAGGACAAUAGCUGCACGUCCAAGGCAGCCUGCAGGCUUUUCUGAAUAUGAGAAGGAAAGAGCUCAACAUAUUAUGAGGAACAACCAAAUAUUUCAAAGACUUGGGAUCGGUCAAUUGGCAUCACUACUUAAGAAUGUAAGUGCAAAUGUGGAGGAUGAUGGUCCUCAAAAAUCAGGAUCCGAGUACAGUCCACAUGACAAUGAGGGGCUUGAGGAUGAUGAUGAAGUGAUCAGCAAGAGUGUCAAAGUAUCUUCUCAAGGAACACGAGGAUCAAAAAGGGUGAGACCACCUAGGUUGCAAUUGGAGCGUAGAGUCACUAGACAGAAUUCUGCUGCCACCAUAAGCUUAACCGCCUCAACAGAAGAAGCAUUAGCAACUGUACAAACUGAGAAUUUGAACCCUACUGCUAAUGAAGAUGAAUUGGUUGAAGUUACAGAGCAAGUACGAAGAGGAAGAAGUAUGGGGAAAGAUUUAGAUAGGAUAACCAGAGGGUUAGGAAGCAAAAUAUGUAUCCAUAUUUCUGAAGGGAAGAGAAGGCCGGCGGUACCACUCCAAGCGGCAAAGCUUGCGUCAGAGGCUGGAAUUGUACUUAGACAACAUGUACCAAUCUUUCCUCAUUGGAAGCAUUACAAGAAGAAUGAUCUUGAAAUGGAUAACUGUAUUGGCAAAGUUGUUGGACAAUUUAACAUGGACACUGACAACAAGGCAGUGAAAGAUGCAUGUAUUGACUUGUUAAAGGGUGGACAAUGUCAAAGGAGGUAUAACUUAAAAUUGAAGUACUUCAAUGGGUUAUCACAAGAUCAGGUGCCGAGAACAUCACCAGUGGCUUGCAUGAGUGAUGCACAAUGGCUUGAAUUGGUGGCCAUGUGGUCAAAGGAAGAACACAAGGAGAAGUGUGCAAAAAACAAAAUUAAUCGUGAGUGCGUCCAAUAUCAGCAGCGCACAGGUUCACGGUGCUACGAGGCACAAGCUUAUGUUGCGAAACAAGAAAGAUUUAAAGAUUCAACGCCCACUGCAAUUGACCUCUUUAAGGAAAUGCAUUGCAGCAGGAAAAGAGAUUUCAGUGAGCAAGUAAAGCAAGCUAUUGUUGAUAUGGAAUCAAUUAUUGAUGAAUCUAUAGAAAAUGGAGAGCACCAGAAGACUUGUAUUGAAGCUGUCUCUCAAGUUCUAUCCAAGAAUAGCACCUUUCUUGAAAAUUUGGGUCUUAAGAAAGUACCUCGGAAAAAAUCCAGAAUUGAUGUUUCUUCUCACGUUGAACGUCUUCAGUUUGAACUAGAUGCUAAGACACAAGAAUCAGCAGGACUCCGUCAAGUAGUUGACGCUUUGACAUCAAAAACAGAUGAACAGUCGCAAGAAAUUGACGACUUGAAGAAGUCAUCAGCUGAGACAAAUGCUUUGCUUCGUCAACUAAUUUCCUUUAGUGCUGGUGGGUUCAAUGGAACAAACUAAAGCUAUGAUGCAUAGAGCAAAGGCAAAUUGUUGCAUAGAAGCAAUCAUUUUGCAGCACCAUGGGGCUUCUUUUGGACACGAUUCAAGUAGUUUGCGUGGCAACAUGAAGUCGUCGUUGU